AUGUUUAUUGCACGAUCCGAAUAUGACCGUGGCAUCAACACAUUUUCUCCGGAAGGCCGUCUUUUCCAGGUAGAAUACUCACUGGAAGCCAUUAAGUUGGGCUCAACCGCAAUUGGAGUAGCAACAUCAGAUGGUGUAGUAUUAGGUGUUGAGAAACGAGUUACUUCCACCCUCCUAGAAACCUCCUCUGUCGAAAAGAUUGUCGAGAUAGACCGGCAUAUCGGAUGCGCGAUGUCAGGACUACAAGCCGAUGCCCGAUCGAUGAUCGAACACGCGCGGGUGGAAAGUCAGAAUCAUGAAUUUCAUUACAGAGAACCACUUCGGGUGGAAAGUUGUACACAGGCGAUUUGUGAUCUCGCCCUAAGAUUCGGGGAGGGUGCGGAUGGGGAAGAAAGUGUUAUGAGCAGGCCCUUUGGUGUGGCACUUCUCAUCGCAGGCUACGACGAAGAUGGGCCGCAAUUAUACCACGCUGAACCAUCCGGCACAUUCUACCGCUACGACGCCAAAGCCAUAGGCUCUGGAAGCGAAGGUGCUCAAGCUGAGUUGCAAAACGAAUACCACAGAUCCCUGACACUACCGGAAGCCGAAACUUUAGUCUUGAAGACCCUGAAACAAGUUAUGGAGGAAAAACUGGAUGCUAAGAAUGUGCAGCUAGCAAGUGUAACGAAGGAGAAGGGUUUUCGUAUCUACAAUGAGGAAGAUAUGGGUAGAGUAGUAUCUACACUGGGAGAAAAUUAA